UUAUACUCAUUUAAUGUGCAAUGGUGGUAGCUCCAGAAAUGUCUAAGGCAAUACUAAAAGUUUCAGUGUCCGACGAUGAAACGUCAAGUGAUGAUCAAACAUCAGAAGGAUCAGAGAAUGUAGAGGGGAUGGAAAUUGAAGAAUUGGGCGAAGAAAGUGGGAAUUCUGCUUCAGGGGAAGACAACAGUGACGAUGAAGAUACUGUAAUGGCCAACAAAGGCUGGGGCGAUUCCAUAUCAAAGAUUCUCAGCUCCACUAAACCCAAAAAUAAGAAAACUUUGGUAUUAUCAAGGGCUAAGAAGUACUCUGCAACUGAAAAGGUUGAAAAGGAGGAAAAACCGGCAUUUGAAGUGAUUGGGGAAACUAAAGAAGAAAAGCCAGUGCUAAAGAAAGAGGAUCCAGACACUUCAGAACCAGCACCUAAAAAGAAAAAAAAUGAAAAGCCCUCAAUAAGAGUGAAACCCAACAUAUUAGAAAAGGAUAGAGAGAGGUUAUUAAACAAGAUUGCAACAAAAGGUGUUGUGCAACUGUUUAAUGCAGUCAGAAACCAGCAGAAGACAUUAGAGAAGGAAAUGGACAGGAGUGAUUUAUCGGAAGCUAAGAAGGAGAAACUUUUAAAGAAAUUUGACAAAAGAGCAUUCUUAGAUACUCUCAUGGGACAGACUAAAUCGGUAGUUGUUGAUCAGGAGACUAAAGCUCCAAAGAAUGAAGUGAAGUCUGAGGAAGAGAAACCUAGAUGGAAUGCAUUAAGAGAUGACUUCAUGAUGGGAGCCAAGAUGAAAGACUGGGACAAAGAGUCAGUAGAUGAAUGAUUUUAUUACAUUAAUAAAUAAUCUUUAAAAAUCAUUU